AUGCGAUUCUCCGUGGCCUGUGCCGCUCUCUUCGCCCCGCUCACAGUCGCUGCGGGCGAUGUUCUUGAGUACAAGUCGACGCCCCCUGGGCAAGUCAUCAAAGACGGGGUUAAGUUGCGGAUUCUCCCCGUCGGUGAUUCCAUCACCUACGGUUUUGCAAGCAGUGAUGGGAACGGUUACAGACUAGAGCUCGCCCAGGAUCUCCUCGCCAACGAUGUCGUUUUUGCCGGAACAAUCCACUCUGGCAACAUGACCGACGGUUACUCUGCGGGUUGGUCUGGCAAAACGAUCCAGUAUAUCGCAGACAAUGUCGGGCCUUCACUGGCACAGCGGCCAAACAUUAUUCUCCUCCAUGCCGGCACAAAUGACAUGAACCGGAAUCGUGACAUCUCUGUAGAAGGUAACGAUCCGGUGGGCGCCGCCGACCGACUGGGCAGCCUCGUGGACCAAAUGAUCGCCGCCUGCCCUGACGCCACCGUCCUCGUGGCCCAAAUUAUCAACACCUGCCUUGAGGACCAGAGGCCGGCAACGACCGAGUUCCAGAAGCUCAUUCCGAGCGUGGUCGAUGAGCGAAAGAACGCCGGCUACCACGUUCUGGCUGUGGAUUUUGCCUCUCUGGGCGACGCCAUCCUCCGGGCCGACUGCGUCCAUCCGACAGACGGAGGCUACCGCAUCAUGGGGGAUUACUGGUACGACUUCAUUGCGCAGAUUCCGAAUGAUUGGAUCAACAACCCUUUCGGCAAUGACCCGAACAGAACCAAGUUUCAGGUUGCGAGUGCUGAUAAGAUUGUAUCGAGUGGCGCCAGUGUCGCUACGUCUCAGUUCAAAGAGAAAUGGCUCAUGUCUUUGGCAUUUCAAGUAGUGGUUACGCUAAUGAUAAUGAAUAAUUGA